AAUAAGAGAAUAAGAGACCACUGUAGUUUUUGCCUUCCAAGUUGUUGCCACACGGCCAUUUUUAAUUUUUCUAUUUCUAUUUACCGUAUUUGAAGCAUUUCCAGAUACGUAGUAAAAACCUCGACUGUAAUGUUGCUGAGUUUCUCGUCCUGUGUUUCCAGAGCUCCGUUUACAUGUUUAGCGAUAACGAUCCUUCCCCUGUGAUGGAAUGAAUCCUAUUGACAUGACCAACAAGAGGAGCGCCGCGUUGGCUUUUCCGGGCGUCAUGGUUGUUUUGUGGAAGCGGCACAAUGACUCCCAGAGAAGAGAGAAGACUCCUACGGAAUCUCUGCUGACGGCGGGCCAGGUUUCUAACAACAAGAAUGGUAUAUAAGCAUUGAGCUCUGCCAACAAACAAGAACCAAGUGCAACUGCAAACAUGGGGAAGGUCUGAUUUGUUUAUAUGUUUUUCUUCAUUCCGCACAUAAUCUUACGUCUAUGAUUGUUUUGAUGUAUUUUGCCCUUCAGAUCAUCUUCUACGAGGACAGGAACUUCCGGGGCCGCCACUAUGAGUGCAUUGGCGAUUGCACCGAUCUGCAGGACAUGUUCGAGCGCUGCCAUUCCAUCCGUGUGGAGAGCGGCAUGUUCAUGCUCUACGACCGGCCGGGCUACAGGGGCAACCAGUAUUUUCUGAGCAGAGGGGACAACCCGGACUGCAUGGGCACCACGUCCAUGAACGACUGCGUGCGCUCUUGCCGCCUCAUCCCCAUGCACAGCGGCUCCUUCAGGAUGCGUCUGUACGAGAACUUUGACAUGGAGGGUCAAAUGAUUGAGCUGACCAAUGACUGCCCCAACCUCUCAGAGCACUUCCGUGUGUCCAACUUUAACUCGUGCAAUGUUGCUGAUGGCCACUGGCUAAUGUACGAGCAGCCCAACUACAGGGGCCGCCCCUACUACCUGCGACCCGGCCCCUACCGGAGCUUUAACGAGUGGAACGGCUCCACCUCGCGUGUGGGCUCCAUUAAGCGUCUCAUGGACCUCUAAGAAGAAGACAGAGAUUCUCGUCAAGUGUUUGCUCUUUGCACUUUC